UAUACAAGUUAUUAUAUUAAUUAAAAUGGCUAGAAGAAUUGCUCAGUCGUCUGUCAAUUGGAUUGCUAUUAGCGAACGUGUUCCUGAAGCUCAAAAAUCUGCUUAUUUAGCUUUUAAAGCUAAAUCUGAUGGGUACCUCCGAAAAAUGUUUGCAUUAUCCCCAGAAGCACCUAAAAUUGAUUGGGCCAAAUACAAGAAUGCUAUUCCUAUAGCUGGUUUGGUUGAAAAUUUCGAAAAUCAAUACAAUGCCGUUAAAAUUCCAUAUCCCGAAGACAAAUAUAGAGCAUUUAUUGAUAGCUCUGAAAAAAAAACUGUACAUAUUCUCUUUGUUUAUUCAUAUAUAUUUUAA